UAUAAAAUAGGCCUAAUAUUAUUAAAAGCCAUGGUCACUAAAUCAGCCUCUAACCUAUCCCUAGUGAUUACUACCAUGGAGGAUUUCUCAGCCUCUUACCUAGUUGAGAAAAAAUCCAUCUGGGAGUCAUACAUACCCUUUUCAAACCACAUGUAUGACAAGGAAUGGGCCAGAUUAGUGGUCCACCUAGUUCCUACUAGCCCAUUCAAUCACCCUGAGGGGCUAGAAAUGCUUAGGGAUGAAAUUGAGACCUUCAACCCCUACAUGAAGCUAAUGAGACUCCCCCAAUGGCUAGCAGAUGAGCCUACUAGGCACCAAAAAGCUCAUUCUUCUAUAGUCAUCCACCUAGAGAACGAAGCUAUGGCCACUAGAGCCUUAAAAGGGGGGGUAAGGAUUGCAGGGGUUGCUUGUAGGGCUGCUACCUAUUGUGACGGCGCUGAUACUCGGGAUCAUGUGAGCGGUGUGGUAGGCGGUGAAGGAAUGGACCGGCAGAAUACCAGGCCUAUGACCCCCUCUUGGGGCCUCAUCUCCUGGCUUCUUCUUUUUCCCCCUAACCUAGUCUUCUAG